GGUGGAUUCGUUUGCCGAAGGAUGAGCGUGGGAGGGCAUAAGCGUAAACGCGGCAUUCGUUUCCUCUGACUCAUCGAUUUUGUAGCCAUUCACAUCGCGAGGGUUUAUCUGUCACAGGAUGCAGCGUGGUUGGCGUGAAUUACGUUUUAAAGCUUCACGUGGGAUUCUGUUAUCUUAUAAUGCGUAUGGGAUGAAAGCAUCGUCCUGAGGCUGAUUUCAGGAGCAAUUAAGCCUGUGCCUCAUACAAGUCGGGACGUGAAUUAUUGUGAGCCUAACCGAAGUUUUUUAACAGGUUGAAUUAAGCGGGAUUGGCAGUCUACGGUCGUGGGCUGCCGUGCCUGUAGAAGAGGAAGGGGAAUAGGAUGGGGAAUAUUUACACGGUGGGACCCAAUGAAGCCCUCGUGGUCUCGGGUGAUGACAAUCACACCCAAGUGUGAGCACGUGGAAACAGCUCAGGGAGUCCCGCUAACAGUGACUGGGGUUGCCCAGUGCAAGAUCAUGACAGCACCUGAACUGUUGCAGACUGCAUCAGAGCAGUUCUUGGGGCGGCAAGUCAAUGAGAUCAAGGAGACCAUCCUGCAGACCCUGGAGGGGCAUCUUAGGGCUAUUUUGGGUACACUGUCUGUUGAGGAGGUAUACAGGGAUCGUGAUCAGUUUGCCCAACUGGUCCGAGAAGUGGCAGCACCCGAUGUAGGUCGGAUGGGGAUCGAGAUCCUCUCGUUCACCAUCAAGGACAUCUAUGAUGAUGUCAUGUACCUAGGCUCCCUUGGGAAAACUCAGACAGCAGCUGUGAAAAGGGAUGCUGAUAUUGGAGUAGCACAGGCCAAUCGGGAUGCUGGAAUCAGGGAAGCUGAAAGUGAGAAAGCAGCCAUGGAUGUCAAGUAUACAACUGAUGCCAAGAUUGAGAAUAAUGCUCGGAUGUACAAACUGCAGAAGGCACAAUUUGAAGCUGAAAUUGGGACUGCUAAAGCUGAGUCCCAGCUGGCAUACGAGCUGCAGGCAGCUAAGAUCAAGCAGAAGAUCCGUAGUGAGGAGAUCCAGAUCGAUGUGGUGGAGCGGCGCAAGAUGAUAGAAGUGGAAGAGCAAGAAAUCAAGAGGAAAGACAAGGAGCUGAUGGGAACUGUGAAACUUCCUGCUGAAGCUGAAGCAUACAGACUGGAGCAGAUUGCUAUUGGCAAAAGAACACAGACAGUAGCUAUGGCAAUAGCAGAGAGUGAGCGAACAAAGCUGCUGGGAUCUGCUGAAGCGGGUGCAAUUGAAGCUGUUGGUAAGGCAGAGGCAGAGCGUAUGCGUAUGAAGGCAGCUGCCUACAAACAAUAUGGGGAUGCUGCUGUCAUGUCUCUUGUCUUGGAUGCCUUGCCAAAGAUAGCAGCUGAAGUUGCAGCUCCUCUGGCCAAAACAGAAGAGAUAGUGCUCCUAGGAGGAGAGCCUGGUGUAGCCAAUGAAAUCUCAAGACUCCUAGGAACUGUGCCUCCUGCUGUGCAGGCUCUGACUGGUGUUGAUGUUUCCAAGGAAAUCGAUGAAACUUUGCUGACGGUGGCUUCUGCCAUGCUCCUACGGUGGGAAGAAGAGGUCCUGACAUCUUUCAGAGAUUUUCAAGGUGGUGGAGGAGGAGGAGGAGGAGGACGGUAUUAUGGCUACGAAGGCCAACGUCAGCACAAGCCGAUCCCAAAGGAGCCACCAUAUACUGCAUUCAUAGGAAAUCUUCCCAAUGGUGUUGUCCAAGGCGACAUUGAAGCCAUUUUCAAGACACUUAAAGUUCGUCACGUGCGACUCGUGCACGACAAGGAGACCGAUCGGUUCAAGGGGUUUUGUUACGUGGAGUUUGAUGACCCAGAGAGUUUGAAACAGGCUCUGGAGUAUAAUGGAGCCCUGUUGGAAGACAAGCAGAUCAAGGUGGACGUUGCUGAGGCCCGUCAGAGGGACAAGACCGGAGGAUUCUCCCGUGGUGGACCAGGCUCUGGUCCCAUGGGCAUGGGCUUUGGUCGAGGAGGAGGACGUGGUGGUGGUGGUGGAGGAGGUGGGGGGAGAUAUGGGGACGACUUUGGAGGGAGAGGAGGAGGUGGACGUGGAGGUGGCAGUGGCGGUGGUGGUGGUGGGUAUGGAGGGCAGAGUCCCCGUGGUUCGACAUUCUUCCCUCAGGACCGAGACAGAAGGGGGGGGGGAGGGGGAGGGGGAGUUGGAGGAGGAGGGGGGGGAGGAGGAGGAGGAGGAGGAAGUGGUGGUGGAGGAUUUAUGGACCGAGGUGGACCUCGGAGUGGUGGGCCAUCAAAUAUCAUGCGUCAGAGGAGGGACUCUGACCGACACAGUGAAGACUUACGAGAACCCACUGCAGAGGAGGCAGCAGCACGACCAAAGCUGAAGUUGCUUCCUCGGACAGUGGCAGCUCCCGUGAACCAGUUAGCAGACACGACUCAGCGAAACACCAUCUUUGGUGGUGCGAGACCACGAGAUGAGCGCGUCUACGAGAAGGAGCGGAAGGAUUCAGGCUCGGAACAAGAGCAGGAGAGAAAUCACACAUGAGAUGCUCCAGUGCAGUGACAGGUGAUGUUGGACUCUCUUUAUGUGUACAAAACUCCCAAAGGUCAUGAUUGAAGAUGAUGUUAAUGAAGUGAAAGCUCCAUCGAAAAAAAAGGAAAAAGCGCUCUGAUUCACUAUUUUAAGGAGACAGAAACAACAAAAAGUACAGCAACAGAGCCUUUUUUUCAUCUUCUCUGUUAUUUAGUUUUGGUUGUUUCCUGCUUUCUUUUGUAAGGAUCGAUUUAAUUGCAUUUCCCCGGCUUUUGCACGAGUGUGGAAAGUUAAUGAAUAAAUCAUGGGAUGCAGCCAACAAAAGUUGUUUUUGGUGGAUUGGUGUUUUCAAUUGCAGAGGAAAUGCAACUCAUGAUCUCUCCCUUUUUGGCCAUCCAUUGGCUUGCAUUGAUUCCAUCGCUAUACUUCUUGCAUGUGAUAAGACCAUGUUCUCCCUCCCCCUCCCUCCUCAUCACACAUCUCCUGUCAAUCUCUGUCUGUCUCGCUGUGAGAUGACUUGUGUUUGAUUUCGGCAUCAAGUGAAUAAAUGGAUUCGAUAGUG